AUGGGUGGCAUGAUGGGAGGCAUGGGCGAUGAUGCUAUGGGUGAUGAUUUUGAUGACUCUGAUGAAGAAGGCAUUCCUUCUCACAGUGCCGCCAUUCUAAGUCCCGUAGAAUAUGCCAUGGAUUUGUGGUGUUCGCUGUUAACCAUAUAUGGUGCA